UCCUGUGAUAUCUAGGACAAAGAGACAAGUGCCAGAGCUCAUCCAAUCUGGCAUUUCAUAUUUUAGAAAAAAAAACAUAACUGUGUCAGUGUGUUUCUAUAUGCAUGCAUUAAAGUAAAAGGCUGGCAUAUAGCUGUGGUCAGAAGUUUACACGCUGUCAUCAUGGGCAUGAAUAUCAUGGGGAUUUAGGGCUUUUAAUGAUUUCUUUGAGCUGUUCUUUUUACAGGGUGGAAUGACUGAGCCGCAUACAUCUUUAAUGACUUAAAAAGUAAGAACUGGGUGAACAAGCUUAUUUUUGAUUUUCUUAUAUUUGGUUAAAUUUCCCUUAGCAAAUUACAUCUUGGUCAUCUUGAUUGCUUUUGGUAACCAUCAAAAACUUCUACCGUUCUAUGGCUGGACAUUUGACUGCUUUUCUUAUCAGAAUUGGUAGAAUUAAUUUAAAUUUGUUUGGUUUGCUAGGAAAGACUCAAAUUUUAACCAUAGUCCACAAAAUUUUAACAGGGUUAGAGGAGGUCAGCGCUGUGGAAAGGCCAUUCCAAAAGUUCUUUUGAUCAUUGUCCUGCUGGAACCCCCGAAUAUGUCCAAGUUUCAGCCUUUUGGAUGUUGAAUUUGGAGGUAGUCCUUCUUCCAAUUCUUCAUUAUUCCAUCCACUUAGUACAAUGUAUCACUACCACUGGCAGCAACGCUCCAGAGCAUUUUGCUAGCACCACUAUCCUUGACAGUUGGUACAAUGUUCUUAGGUUUUAAAGCCUCACGUUUACUCCUUCAAACAUACGUCUUGUUAUUGUGGCCAAACAGCUCAGUAUUUGUAUCAUCUGACCAUAAAAGUUUUCUCCAGAAGGCAUUUGGCUUGUGCAUGUGGGCUGCCGCAAAUUUCAGUCAAGCUUGAAGGUCUUGAUUUUGGAGCAGAGGCUUAUUUUUUAAGUGCCAACCUCCCAGUACAUGGUGAUGUAAAACUCACUGUGUCACUGUGAUACUGGUAUUCCUGCAGUUUUCAGUUCAUGGCAGGCUUGAGCCUUGCCGGUCCCUGAACAUCCUAACCAAUCUCCUCCCAACUGACGUUUACAGUUAAGGUCCUCUUUCAGACCUCGGAAAAAACCAACUCUACUCAAUCAUGAUCAAUAACUAUACAUUAAUAGACCUUGACCUUGAUAAGUUAAAAGACCCUGUAAAACAUUUAGCACAAAUUACUAAAGGAUUUAAGUGAGUGUAUGGAUAUAUUUGAGCCUGUAUGUUUACUUUUGAACCCAUGUGGAUUACAGAAAAUUCUGCCCACAAUGAGUGUAUUUAAAGUUAUGAUCACAACUGUUGUUUUUCAGUAAUUUCUCACUUCCCCAUCUGCAUCUGCAGAUAAGUACUAAUUUCCAGCAGUAGAACAAUGCAUGUGGGAGUAACUAAAAAUAGAAAAAAGGCAACAUACCAACCAAUAACUGGCUUAAAGAAAUAUUUUUAAGGGAUGAGUUUGCAUAUAUUUUCUGAUUAUCCCAAUAAAUCUAACAGAAGAUCUAAGGAUAAAUUUAUCCUACUGUUAAAUAAGUAUUGUAGUGUAGCAAAACGCCUGGUAGGUCCUCUGUGUUAUAGAGCUCCCCAUACCAUUGCAUUGCACAUGAACACCAGUAAUUAUUUUGACUUUUUAUCACCUGCCUCUGCAAAGCAAGAAAGUACUUAGUGUUUUAUUAAAAACCCAGAGUAUUGGUGUCAAAAUUUUCUGACUAAAUGCACGUGUGUAUCGUAGGCAGUAAGCAAUGAUGGCUCCUAGAAUAUCUAAUAUUACAUUACUGCAAACCUGACCUAGUUUAGUUGUAGUAACAGAGCUUCAGAGGCCAUUUUUGAUUGACUGAAUUAAUGAAGCAUCACCUUUUGAUGAUCUAUGAGCAGACUGGGAGACAACACAUUUGUGGUUAGGGUCAGGCAAUGAAAGCAAGUAAUAACAAUUAGGAAAAUAUUGUGAUUUUAAGAUUAAAAAACAAAUUGCUUCAUAAUUUACUGUCAGCUAUCUAACCAGCCUGAAUGUUACUAUAAAAAGCUUUCUUCUAAUUCUUGUGUUAAUGUAAGUAGAUUUUGCACUACAAGGCUUGAUAAUAUUAUCAAAAAAUAAACAUGUUAGUAGUUGUUGUUUAUCAUGAAACCUACAUACAUUAAUACCAUCCAUCCAUUUGGAUCCUAUCCCAGCUAUCAUAAUUGUACACAUGGCACAGGUUGGCAGUCUAUCACAGGGUUAACACAUAGAAAACAGACAGUCAUUCACUAUGGCCAACUAACCUAACAUGAAUGUCUUUGGACUGUAAAAACUCCACACAGUCAGCCAGUGGAUUCAAACCCAGGACCUUCUUGCUGUGAGGCAACAAAUCUAACCACUGCAUCACUCUGCUGCCCUUGACGAUAAUACAAUAUAAUGAUAAUAUAAUAUUUAAAGCAAACUAUGCAAACACAGACGGCAGUUAAUGUUGGCAUCAGUACAUGGGGCAGAAAAGAGAGAAAGAAAAAUAUAACAUCAUUGUCCUUGAAUGGUCUGUUUUUUAAAUGAUGUCAUUCCCUGUCUGGUGGUGCUCAUGUGUAAGCUGUAGCAUACACAAAAACACACAAAAUAACACAUGAAAAUCACAUUGCAGUGUCCCUCCUCUCUUUCUUUCUCUGCCUCUCUCUGUGUCUCUCUUGUCAUUCACAUUAGUCUCCAGUUCACUGCCCCCCUCAUCUCUCCACCUCUGAUUGGCUUUCACUCUGUUAUUCUUGCACUCUCACUUGCGUUCCCCCCACAUGCUGUUUCUUUCUUUCUCUCAUUCAUACAGCAUAUACCCCUUCCCUUUAUCUCGUUCUCCUCCUCCCUUUUCUCUCUCUCUCUCACUCUCUUUGGUGCCCCCCCCCCCUCCCCCUUUUGCUCUGUCGCUGUACACUUCCUGGCUUGGCACGAUACCCUUGAAAACAGCUCCACAAUCCUCUCUCCUUCCGAGAGGGAUGCUCGGCAGCCUGUUCCCCCUGUCUCCUCUCUCUCCCCGUCUCUCCUUUUUUUCCAACUUAAAUUCUCAUUUUCUUCAUCUGUAACACAGAUGACAUUUCCAAAUCCCUCUUCUCUCCCUUGCACACACUCCUGUAGGCAUGCUCACGUGUACAGACAUCAAAGAGAGAAUAUGUGUGUGUUUUUAACUGGCCAGAGGAAGCUGACAUGCCAGCGUGGAGUGUAAUCGCUGCUUCUUGACUGAGCGCGAGCCUGUGUGUGUGUGUGAGAGAGAGUUUAUUUCGGUGUGUGUACGUGUGGAGGCUCAGCUGCUCUCAUGUUCAUCUGCCAACACAGCCUCUGCCGCUACCAACAUGUUUCGACGCACAAAAAGUUGCAGAACCAGUAACCGGAAAAGCCUCAUCCUGACCAGUACCUCCCCCACCCUGCCACGACCGCACUCACCACUGCCCGGACACAUAGGAAGCAGUCCGUUGGACAGCCCGCGCAACUUCUCACCAAGCGGACCUGCCCACUUCUCCUUUGCCUCUUCUCGAAGGGCCGAUGGUCGCAGAUGGUCUUUGGCUUCUUUGCCUUCCUCAGGAUAUGGCACCAACACACCCAGCUCAACGUCAUCCAGCUCAUCCCAGGAGCGUCUGCACCAGCUGCCCUUCCAGCCAACCAUGGAUGAGCUGCACUUCCUGUCCAAGCACUUUGGCAGCACAGAGAGCAUCACAGACGACGACGGCGGGCGCCGCUCGCCGCACGUCCGUCCUCGCUCCCGAAGCCUCAGCCCGGGGCGCUCACCAUCCUGCUAUGACAAUGAAAUAGUGAUGAUGAACCAUGUCUACAAGGAGCGCUUCCCCAAGGCCACAGCUCAGAUGGAAGAGAGGUUGGCAGACUUCAUCCAGAACUACUCCCCAGAGAGUGUUCUGCCACUGGCUGACGGGGUUCUCAGCUUCAUCCACCACCAGAUAACCGAGCUAGCCAGAGACUGCCUGACCAAAUCACGCGAGGGCGUCAUUACCAGCGUUUACUUCUGUGAACUGCAGGAGAAUCUGGAGAAGAUGCUGCACGACGUCUACAAGCGCUCGGAGAGCUCGGAGCUCACCUUCGUCAUCGAGCUUGUCAAAAAGCUCUUCAUCAUCAUAUCUCGUCCUGCCAGGCUGCUGGAGUGCUUGGAGUUCAACCCAGAAGAGUUUUAUCACUUACUCGAAGCAGCAGAGGACCACGCCAAGGAGGGACAACUGAUGAAGGCAGACAUCCCUCGAUAUAUUAUCAGUCAGUUGGGACUGACCAGGGAUCCACUGGAGGAAAUCGUGGGCUUUGACAGCUACGACAGUGAGGGUCCGCACACUCCAGAGACCGAUGACUCAGCAGAGGGAAAAGGGAGAGCCAUCAAGCCACCAACUGAGGAAGACUUUCAGACCAUAAAACUGAUCAGCAAUGGAGCCUAUGGCGCCGUCUACCUGGUGCGACACAGGGAGACACGUCAGCGUUUCGCCAUGAAGAAGAUCAACAAGCAGAAUCUGAUCCUGAGGAACCAGAUCCAGCAGGCGUUUGUGGAGAGGGACAUACUCACAUUUGCGGAGAACCCCUUCGUCGUCUCCAUGUUCUGCUCCUUCGAAACGCGACGACACCUCUGCAUGGUCAUGGAGUACGUUGAAGGUGGGGACUGUGCCACUUUGCUGAAGAACAUCGGGGCUCUGCCUGUUGAGCUUGCGAGGAUGUACUUUGCUGAAACUGUAUUAGCCCUGGAGUAUCUGCACAACUAUGGGAUCGUCCACAGAGACCUCAAACCCGACAAUCUCCUGAUUACCUCCAUGGGCCACAUUAAGCUGACUGACUUUGGCUUGUCGAAGAUGGGCCUAAUGAGCCUCACCACCAACCUGUAUGAGGGACACAUUGAGAAAGAUGCCAGGGAGUUUCUGGACAAGCAGGUUUGCGGUACUCCAGAGUACAUCGCUCCAGAAGUGAUUCUCCGCCAAGGCUACGGGAAGCCGGUGGAUUGGUGGGCCAUGGGGAUCAUCCUCUAUGAGUUCUUAGUGGGUUGUGUGCCUUUCUUUGGAGACACUCCUGAGGAGCUGUUUGGACAGGUCAUCACAGAUGACAUAGUUUGGCCAGAUGGUGAUGAGGCCCUGCCUGCAGAUGCCCAAUCCCUCAUCUCUGCCCUGUUACAGACCAACCCUCUGGUCAGGCUCGGUACAGGGGGCGCAUUUGAGGUAAAGCAGCACUCCUUCUUCAGUGAGCUGGACUGGAACAGUUUGCUGAGACAGAAGGCAGAGUUCAUCCCUCACCUGGAGUCAGAGGAGGACACAAGCUACUUUGAUACUCGCUCCGAUCGUUAUCACCACAUCAAUACGUACGACGAGGAUGACACCAAUGACGAUGAGCCAGUGGAGAUCAGACAGUUCUCAUCCUGCUCUCCUCGCUUCAGCAAGGUGUACAGCAGCAUGGAGCAUCUUUCUCAGCUGGAACAGAAAGCUACGUGCUCCGUGUCCCGUCGGGAACACAAGGGCCCACGGGAGGACAAGGUAACGAAGAGAGAGAGCAUGGGCAGCUUCAGCAUGAGGGACAAGAGCUGGAGGACUGGAUCCCCUGAGAUGAAGCGCCUGUCCUGUUCAGAGUCCCUCUACACAGAAGGCGAUGCGAGCCCUCCUCUUGGUGCCCGACGACGCUUCUCAGCUCUGAUGGACACGCAUCGUUUUGCCUCACCUCUAGAGGGCGAGUCCGAAUUCCUGUCCCGCCAGAACUACAUGAAGGUCCGUGGCACUUCGCUGGACGGGACUACUGUCCCCUCACCGAGCCUGCUGGAGCAAAGGAACAGUCUGAAGGAGAUCAAUGGGGCAGACAAAUCUCCAAGGCCAGGAGAGACACCGGGCAUUACCACAGCCAUCACCACAUUAUCCCCAGGUCCUGCAGCAACCGGCCGGGAUGUGAUGACUCCUCUGUAUGACCCUCUGGGGCCACGAGCAACAAAUGACUUGGUCCUCCGGAGGGCACGCCAUCAGCAUUUGUCUGGUGAGGGAGAGAAGCGAAACUCCAGAGCAGGCAACAAGGUCAUUAAAUCAGCCUCUGCCACGGCCCUGUCUGUUAUCAUACCGUCAGUGGAGCAGCAUGGCGGCUUCUCCCCGCUGGCCAGUCCCAUGUCGCCCCACUCUUUCUCCUCCAACCCUUCGUCACGCGACUCUUCACCCAGCAGAGACUUUUUCCCAGCAGUCAGUGUGCUGCGCUCCCCCAUUACCAUCCACCGCUCCGGAAAGAAAUAUGGCUUUACUCUCAGAGCCAUCAGAGUCUACAUUGGAGACAGUGAUAUCUACAGCGUACAUCACAUUGUUUGGCAUGUGGAGGACGGUGGCCCCGCCCAGGAAGCUGGCCUUUGUGCUGGUGACCUCAUCACUCAUGUCAACGGGGAGCCCGUCCACGGUCUGGUCCACACUGAAGUAGUGGAGCUCAUCCUCAAGAGUGGCAACAAGGUGACGGUGACAACCACACCUUUUGAGAACACCUCCAUUAAAGUGGGCCCUGCUCGUAAGGCCAGCUACAAGUGCAAGAUGGCCCGGCGAAACAAGAGGACGAUGGGCAAAGACAGCCAGGACAAUAAGAAGCGUAGCUCCUUGUUCCGCAAGAUCACAAAACAGUCCAAUCUCCUGCACACCAGCCGCAGCUUGUCCUCCCUGAAUCGCUCUCUGUCCUCCAGUGAGAGUCUUCCCGGCUCCCCAACUCACAGCCUGUCUGCACGGUCUCCAACUCAGGGCUAUCGCUCCACCCCUGAGCCCUCAUACUUGGGUGCGUCCUCUCAGAGCAGCUCUGCAGCAUCCAGCACUCCAAACUCCCCGGCUCCCUCACAGCACAUGAGACCCAGCUCCCUGCACGGCCUCUCCCCGAAACUCCAUCGCCAGUAUCGGUCUGCCCGUUGUAAGUCUGCCGGUAAUAUUCCACUGUCCCCGUUGGCUCACACGCCCUCCCCCACCCAGUCUUCACCUCCACCUUUACCAGGUCACACUGUAGGGAGCUCCAACACAACCCAGUCUUUCCCUGCCAAGCUCCACUCUUCCCCACCGGUGGUACGUCCCAGGCCCAAGAGUGCCGAGCCUCCGCGAUCACCUCUCCUCAAACGCGUGCAGUCAGCAGAGAAGCUCGGCUCGCCUCUAACCCAGUCAAGCUCUACAGGAGGGCUGGGGGGUCCACUGAGGAAACACAGCCUUGAGGUGCAGCACUCUGAGUACCGCAAGGACGCCUUCCUCUGCGAGCUUGGGCUCCAGAGCCUGCUGGAGACAGAAGGGGAAAAUUUGCCUCCUAAUCCUCCCCCUCUACCCUCAUCCUCAACUUCCCCAGAGACUGGUGUGCUGAAGCCAGCGAGGAGACUAGGGAGACAGGAGUCACCACUGAGCAGGGAAACACUACUGGCUGGAAGGGAGAGGGAAGAGAAAGAGAGAGGAGUGGAGAGGGAGAAGGAGGCUGGGACAGGAUCGCAGUCAUCCUUAGGAAGAAAACCUCAUGCAAGUGAGCAGCCUUUGAACUCACAAAGCUCUGUACUAAGUGCAGGAACUACUAAAGCUAUAACCCCUAGCACGCCUACCAAAACAACAGGGGGUUUAAGUGCUCACAAGGGGCCUGAGAAGUUCACCCAGAGUCAGGCGGACAUGUCUCCAAAACAGCUAGACUCCAAGAUAGCCAAAAGUCUGUUUUCUAACAGUAAACAUCCACAGGAGCAGCAGCUAGGGGGCAGACCUGAAUCAAAGCAGGAAGGAGACAACAAGAGCCGGUGUGGUCUUCCUGGAGCUGCCUACAGCAAAAGCUCUGUUUCUGCUCCAGAUAAGUCCGCUGGCAUCAUCACAACAGUGACAGGAGGUCCUCUGAGCAAAACCUUUAAACCAUCAGGAGUUGGAGACGCCCUGAGAAAGAUGGGGACUGACAGCAGUGACACAAGGACACCAGACCUUGGCUCCAAAAGCCCCAAACUACCAGCUCGGGUCCUCCCUCCUGUCGUUCCCCCGCAUGGGCAGGCGCUGUCACUGGCCAAAGUAAGGCAGGGACUCGGGGCUGUCAACUGCUACCGGGGAUCACUCGACUGGGAGGACAAAUGUCGUCUGGAGGUGGUGGAGGAGCACUCACCCUCUCCUUCUCCCUCCCCAACCGCGGUAACCCCCUCCCUCUGUGGACCUUCCCUCUGUAAGUCACGGCCUGUCUCCCCUGGUGACAAGACAAGCUUCGUCAGCCAGCUGACCACUGUGGCCAAAAACGUCCUCGGGCCGAUCAAGCUCGGCUCUCAAGAGGGGGCCAAGAGCAAAGAGCAGCAGUCUAAAGCAGCAGAGGAAAAACAGGGAGGCACAGUGGGAAAGUCUGACUCUCCAGCUGGAGGUCGAGUGGUUGUUGGGGCUGCAGUGGUGACCCAGAGUCCUGCUGGUUCACCGCUAGAGAAGGCAACAGGUAGCAGCCUGCCGAAAAUGUGACCUCAUGGAGUCCCUAAAUGGGACUUUAGUAAAAAGAAAAAAAAAGAAGAUGCCUUUUUUGGACAAUGCAACAGAAGACUAGCACUUAAAACCAAUGUACAUUCCAGUUUAAGAGUAUAAAAUGUUAUUUAUUGAUUCCAAUCACUGACUGAAUCUAACCUAAAACCAGGAGUAAAAGAUCUACUGUAAAGGUGCAUUAACUGUUGAUUUUCUAUUAUAAAUACUUUAAUAAGAGGACUCUAAAUGUAACGUGAAACACUUUAUCAGAUGUAUAUGUGAGUCUGUGUGAAUGCAUGUCACAUGGUUUGUACUGUACAUGUGUAAUAGGUACAAGAUGGUCAAAAAGUGCUUUACAGAUCAAAACAUGCUGAAUACUGUGAAUACCAAAUCCAGUCACUCUAUUUUUUCUUUCAGCCAGCCCUUUUUUUGUUUUGGGUUUUUUUUUAUUUUGUUUUUUUUUUUUACUGCUCGUCAACCAAAGCAGUGAAACAGUCAAAUCAAAGUUGACACAUCAAACAGUUACUGAGUAAGAAGAUAAUUGAGCUCUUUAUUCAUCAUCCAGCAGUUUACUUUCCUGAGUUAAACGGUCAGACGAAGCCAAAGCAGGCACUCUGUCAGUGGACGUCACAGCGAGCACAGUCUCGCAAUCUCUGUCGUAGGGGAUUUUGUGUGUGUGCGUUUAGCUACCCUGGGACAAUUUCUGGUGGUUCUUGAAGGCCACAGAGGAAAGCAAGAAUGUCAGACCUCGGCGCUUAUCUCUCCUUCGCAGGAUGGGCUACCGCAGCCCUUUUCUUCACUCCAUCUCUGGCUGCUGCCACAUUCGCAAACACACACUCGCACAUCGCCACAGGAAGCAGCCGUGUCAGCAGCUGAUUUUCAUGCAUUUAAAUCCAUACGCCUGUGGUCACACGAAUUAGGACACAAGUGUGUUUAUGAGUGGAUUAAGAAGCGUGUGACCAUGUUUGUGUCUGUUCAAAGACUCGGCAGACUCAGCGAGGGUCAUUGGCAUGAAAAUUCUCCUCAAAAUGAGCAGUCAGGAUCCAGUAACAGUUAAAGUAUUAUUUUAUUUUUUAAGCAGGAAGGAAAUCCUUCCCCAACAAAUCAAACCGGCACAGUGAAGGUUGCUUGGGAGACUAUAGCAUGUUAAGGCAUAGAAAAAUGUAUUAUGCACAUAUGCAGUGAACCCCGUGUGUUGUUUUCAGUCAAAUCUGAAAAAGCAGGCAGUCAUGGAUGUAGCAUACUAUAAUCUACUUGUUAAAGGGCUCUAUAGCAAAAGUAGGGUUUGUGCAUACAUGGAAUAUCACAUCGAGCCCGUUCUCUUUAAACCAGGCUAUCUACAGUGUAAUCAGAAUGACUUUGUAUUUAGGUACUUACAAGUUAGCUUGUCCAGACUGAUUAAUAUAAUCCUCACAUUUUGCUGUGCAACAUACAGAUAAAAGUGUUUGUCAGUGAUCUCAGCAGGAAUGCUGGGAAAUGUUCACAGGAGACACACACACACAAAAACAUGUUCCUCUCUCAUUGGUCAUAGUCACUUUCUUGUAAUUCAUGACUAUCCAGUGUACAUAAUCUUAUGCAAAUCCAUGUGUGAGAGUAGGUGGCUAAACAGAUUAAUCCAGAUGUGAUUGUUAAUUGUCACUUUCUGCCAGUGAUUUGGUUUUUUGUAGAUAUUCAAGGUUCUAAAAACGUAAAAGGGAAACUGAUUCAGCCAACAACAGCAUGUAAAUCUGACACCAAGGCAGAAGUUCACGGACUAAAAUGUACUUUUACCUCCAAACCUCAAACAAGUGGUUCAAUCUGCACAACAUAUCUAGUGAAAGUUUGUCUCGGUCACUUCCGACUGGGUGUACAGUUUAACGAAGAGCAGCCGCUUGUUGCUUUACAUUGUUGUAUCUGCCUGGAAAUCCGCAACAAUGAGCUUAAGACUGCAUAGAUUUACAAACCAGGAGGCUGAUCUCUGCUGUGUUGGCACUCUACAGUUUUUUCACAUAACCAUUCAUGAAUAUGAAAACAUAUCCCAUGCCUUACGUGCUUGGCAGGGAUUUCUUUUCCCAUUUGACACACUACUCUACUGCCCUCCAGUGGUUAGCAUCAAUAUCAAAUAUUUGAAAUAUCAUAAUCUAUUGGAGUGAGUGUUUCGUUGAUGAAGUGCAGAGCACGGAUUUGAUGGUUGUUGUUAGCCAUACGGUUACCAAAUAUGCAUUUAAAGUUCUAAUGACAAAAUAUUUGCAGUAACUAUAAAAUGAACACUUGAAACAUGAAUUAUUAAUUUUCCGUUGUGACUGUUAAUUAUAUCUUUGUGAAUAGUUAAGUUUUUAAAUAUACUGUCUUAUAUUCACAGCAAGGAGUUCUUUUAUACCUUGAUGUAAUAAAGGAGUCAUCAGGUCAUCUCAAAUCACCCGAUUAAGAAAACAAACUCCUGCAGUUAUUGUAUCAAAAUUCAGGCCUUUUGCUGAUCAGUGGUGUCUAUAAUACAUGUUUUAAAAUGUCUUUUUCUUUCCGUGGUUGACAGAGAGAGUAGUAGAAAUGCACUUUAUUUGAAAGAAAAAAAUCUUGAGUUGAUGAUAUUGUUUGUAAGUUACUAUCCUGUAUACAAUGUGGAUUCUACAAAUGAACACAAAAGUCUGAUAAGUAUAAAAACAUUCCACAUUUCUCUGUUCACUCGAAGUGUAUUUAGUUGUACCACUGCGGCAUUUUUGUUUGUGAUAGGUGUGACCUAAAUGCAGACACCUGAAGUGCAGUACGUGGAAUAAAAUUCAGUUUUUGUUCCAAACCUUG